CCAUUUUACAAGGGAUUUGUUGCCUCAUUCUACAAGGGAAGGCUCUCGUUGUUUCAAGAGGGAAACUCGACGUUUUUACUAAUCGAAACCAGACGGGAUGCGAACGAAAUGUACAAUAUUGUAAAGACAGAAGGGCGAGAUGCUUCGAUAAAGAUUGUUGCAGGUGUAAAUGCGAUAGAGAGUACAGCACGUUUCAUAGUCCGGGAGUAA